CGGCCGGCCACCCCGCGGCCCCGAUGCCGAGGUAUGGAUAGAGCGGCCGCGAUGGGGGAGGCAGAAGGAGCCGGGGGCCCCGGGCCGCCGCCGCCCCGCCGCCCGGGCGCUCCAGCAGUGCGGGCAGCUCCAGAAGCUCAUCGACAUCUCCAUCGCCAGCCUGCGCGGGCUGCGCACCAAGUGCGCCGUGUCCAACGACCUCACCCAGCAGGAGAUCCGCACCCUGGAGGCCAAGCUGGUCCGUUACAUCUGCAAACAGAGGCAGUGCAAGCUGAGUGUGGCUCCUAGUGAGAGGACUCCAGAGCUCAACAGCUACCCUCACUUCAGUGAUUGGCUGUAUACCUUCAACUUGAGGCAAGAGGUGGUACAGGAGAUCCUCGGCCAGUUCACGCUGGACUCCCUGCUGGAGAUGAACGAGGCCAAGGUGAAGGAUACUCUGCGGCGCUGUGGGGCCGGAGCUGAGGAGUGCAGCCGCCUGCAGUCCGCCCUCACCUGCCUGCGGAAGGUGACAGGCCUAGGAGGAGAGCACAAAGAGGAAUCAGGCUGGAGUGCUUUGGAUGGCCGGCGGGAAAGUGGCUCGGGGGCCACCGUGGACACCCUCUCCUCAGCCAGCCUGCCCUGGCCUGCUGGGAGCUCCCAGUUGGGCAAACUGGCCACCAGUGCCCAGAGCCCACGCUCUGUCUCCGUGUCAGCCCUGCCCACCUCGGACUCCCCAACCAUUGGCUCCAGCGAAGUCAUCCCAGACACCUGUAUCCCCCUGCACGCCAGCGGCCGGCUGACACCCCGCGCCCUGCAUCACUUCAUCACCCCCCCGACCACACCCCAACUGCGCCGGCACACCAAGCUCAAGCCUCCACGGACGCCGCCACCGCCCAGCCGCAAGGUCUUCCAGCUGCUGCCCAACUUUUCCACGCUAACCCGGAGCAAGUCACACGAGUCUCAGCUGGGGAACCGCAUCGACGAUGUCUCCCCGAUGAGGUUUGACCUCCCACACGGAUCCCCACAGAUGGUACGAAGGGACAUCAGGCUGUCGGUGACACACAGGUUCUCCACCAAGUCCUGGCUGUCCCAGGCCUGCCAGGUGUGCCAGAAGAGUAUGAUGUUCGGAGUGAAGUGCAAACACUGCAGGUUGAAAUGUCACAACAAGUGUACAAAAGAAGCUCCUGCCUGCCGAAUCUCCUUUACGCCACCAGUCCAAAAGAUUUGGAGGACAGAGUCCGUCCCCUCAGACAUCAACAACCCGGUGGACCUAAAAAAUGAUCUCCGCUUUGAAACUCUCCCCAAAGCACUGACAAAGAAGGAGCACUCACCGGCCAUGAACCACCUGGACUCCAGCAGCAACCCAUCAUCCACCACAUCCUCCACGCCCUCCUCUCCGGCACCCUAUCCAACCUUGUCCAACCCAACCAGCGCCUCUACGCCCCCCAACCCCUCACCCGGUCAGCGGGACAAUCGCUUCAACUUCCCAGACAUUUCUGCGUUUCCACAAGCAGCCCCAGGCCCUGACACACCAUCGGACAACACCAGGCCCGACAACCAGAUGCAGACAGACGUGUUAGAAGACCAGGAAGCGGAGCAUGAGGAACCCGAGACUGGUAAAUCAGAGGCCGAGGAUGAUGAGGAUGAGGUGGACGACCUACCGAGCUCCCGGAGAGCCUGGCGUGGCCCCAUCUCUCGCAAGGCCAGCCAGACCAGUGUGUACCUGCAGGAAUGGGACAUCCCCUUUGAGCAGGUGGAGCUAGGCGAGCCCAUUGGUCAGGGCCGCUGGGGCCGGGUGCACCGCGGCCGCUGGCACGGCGAGGUGGCCAUCCGCCUGCUGGAGAUGGAUGGCCACAACCAAGACCACCUGAAACUGUUCAAGAAGGAGGUGAUGAACUACCGGCAAACACGGCAUGAGAAUGUAGUGCUCUUUAUGGGAGCCUGCAUGAACCCUCCACACCUGGCCAUCAUCACCAGCUUCUGCAAGGGGCGAACUUUGCACUCGUUUGUGAGGGACCCCAAGAUAUCUCUGGACAUCAACAAGACCCGGCAGAUCGCUCAGGAGAUCAUCAAGGGUAUGGGCUACCUGCACGCCAAGGGCAUCGUGCACAAGGACCUCAAGUCCAAGAAUGUCUUCUACGACAAUGGCAAAGUGGUCAUCACAGACUUCGGGCUGUUUGGGAUGUCGGGUGUAGUUCGCGAGGGCCGGCGCGAGAACCAGCUGAAGCUGUCACAUGACUGGCUGUGCUACCUGGCCCCCGAGAUCGUGCGUGAGAUGACCCCUGGGAAGGAUGAGGAUCAACUGCCGUUCUCCAAAGCUGCCGAUGUCUAUGCAUUUGGGACCGUUUGGUAUGAGCUGCAGGCAAGAGAUUGGCCCUUCAAGAACCAACCAGCAGAAGCCUUGAUCUGGCAGAUUGGAAGUGGAGAGGGAAUGAAGCGUGUGCUGGCAUCUGUUAACCUGGGAAAGGAAGUCACUGAGAUCCUGUCAGCCUGCUGGGCAUUCGAGCUGCAGGAGCGGCCCAGCUUCACCAUACUGAUGGACAUGCUGGAGAAACUGCCCAAGCUGAACCGGCGACUGUCCCACCCGGGCCACUUCUGGAAGUCUGCUGAGAGCCGCAACUAUGGGAAAGGACGUCCUGGUCACCCCAACUUUAAGACCACCCGUCCUGUUCUGGAAGAAUACAUGAGCAGCAGCAAGGUUGUGCCCCGGUUUGAAAGGUUUGGCCUGGGCAUCCUGGAGUCUGCUAACCCAAAGAUGUAACCAGAGGGGCAGUGCCUCUGCCAGUUCCUAUUCUUCUCAAAUGUAUUUGUAAAACACCCAAACGAUCACCGAGAUGACCGCAGAACAUCACACUCUGUGUCUCCUCAAUGCCGAGCCAGAGCCCACCACCCUGACCGUGCCACGGAUGCACAUGGGCCAGGCAUAGCCAAGGCUACUGAGGACCCUGUGCCGACAGGCCAACAAUGUUUACACAUGUGCCGCAAGCGAACAUGCUGGCCCCUGAUGUGAUAACAACUGACCUUUCUUGGGGGCAAGCAGGAAGGACCACCCCCCUCUGGAGGGCUCUGGGGGGAGGAGGUGGCUAUGUUGGGAGGAAAGAAAGCCUGGUAAUGGAUGGUGUUUGGUCUUGGGGUCAUGAGAGAACCCAUGGGACAGGGCCCAUUUCUGCUUUGGCCUUAAACCCAUCACUGGGGCACCUUCCUCAAGUUCUCCCCUGGUUUGUCCCUUUCUCUUCUGAUAGGGCCUGGUUGGGAGGAACACUUCCCAGGAACCUAGCUGGAUUAGGAGAUUGAGGAGUUCCUGGAAACUUGGAUCCCCCAUCCCCACCCCCACCCAA